UUUUUAAAUGGAAUGUGGUUUUUGUUGCGAGCAAAUGCAGCGUGUGUUUGUCUUUGAAUUUGGAGGGACAGCUAACCAGCUAGUUAUCUUUGGAAGCAUGGUGUCCAUCUGGCGGAGCGACAGAGAACAGUCAUGCAUGUGGAAGGGCGUGCGUUCAGGGUUUCUUUGUAUGCUUGCAAACACGAUGUGAACUCAAGAUUUUGCUUGCCCAACUUCAACAACCCAACUUGGUGUUAUAAUAGCGGCUAUUUUUAAAUUGCUAAUCAAUCAGAAUGAAUAUACCGUGGGAAAAAACGAGGUUGUAUACGGAAAACCAGAAGGCGAAACUGAAAAGAAUGUUGAGUCGAAAUUUGAUUCGAAUUUCGAGCCAUUGUGUGUUGGCUAGCUAGCUAGCCUUGUUUUAAGUUUGAUGUUGGUCAGUACUUUGUUCAGAGCCAGUUCGCUAUAGCUACUUAGCACGUCGAGCCAUCAUGGUGAUUUAGGGGUAACCACAGUAUCCACAAUAUGAUCGAUCAGCUUUAUCCAGAAAAGUACUUUUAGUUAGCUUAACUUGACGAGUGUCAACGCAUGGCGAUCUUUUAUCCAAAGAUUGUUUUUUUCGAAAACAUAGGACUUUAUUUUCUCUUUCUUGAUCGCUCAAAACAAAUCAUUUUUUGUCAGUCUAUCUAGCAAUCCAACAUAAUUGCCACUGGAGAAAUCAACUUGCCUCAUAUUUAAGAUGUUCAAUAGGUGUCAAAUCUCUAGAGGAAGAGCGUCUUCGGGAGCAGGAGUUAUCCUGGACCAUGUCGGACAGCGACCCCUUCGAGGACGAUGGCUUUCCCCUUGACCUAUCAGGAGCAAGGGGCUCGGCCAAGCGCCGUCGUCGCGGCAACCUGCCCAAGGAGGCAGUACAGGUGCUGCGCAGCUGGCUGUAUGAGCACCGCUUCAACGCCUAUCCCUCAGAGCAGGAGAAGGUCAGCCUGUCAGGCCAGACUAGCCUCUCUGUGCUCCAGAUCUGUAACUGGUUUAUAAAUGCCCGGCGGCGCCUCCUUCCUGACCUUCUCCGUAAGGACGGCAAGGACCCCACCCAGUUUACCAUCUCUAGACGAGCCUCCAGGGGUGAGGGGCGCCCCUCCACAGGAGGAGCCAGCGAAGCCAGUUUACCUGGAAGCCCAUCGUCUGCCCCUCCACCGCCCCGCCCGUAUGUCAUCUGCCCUGGCCCAAUGUUGGACUUGAGUCUGCUGGGCAGCACUGCCACAGCCAUCCUAACAGGAGCAGGCUACCCUGGCCCUGAAGGGUCGGUCCAAGCGCUGAUGCGGAUGGAUACGCAAGUCCUGCUGAAUAAUGAAGGUGAAGGGGUGACUGGAGCUAACCACCCGGGAGGGCUCUUUAAUACCCCUCCCCCUACUCCUCCAGAACUCUUCCCUACGCACGACUUCAGUGACCUGAGGUUGCUGGUGGAUGCUGCGCUGCAGAGGGCCGCAGAGCAGGAGAACGUGAAGAGGCUCCAGGAGAGCCAGAGCAGGGCUACAGAAGGAGCUUCGAGAGCCAGACAGGUCAUGGAAGUGCAGAGAGUGGAUGGCAGUGAUAUGGGACUAACACCCCCGCCAGAGGACACUAAUAAAGGGACCAACUCUCCCAGAGAAUCAAGUUCUUCAGAGAAGGCUUUUCUGGUGCCAGUUUCAGUUCCAGUGAAAGAGUCUCCAGCAUCAGCCUUGGUUACACCACUACAAUCACUGUCUCCAAUCCCCUUCAGUGAAGUCUUAUGGAGUCCAGUGAAAAAGGCUAUUUCAUGCAUGAACCAAAUGCAGCUGAACCCGGCCCAAAUGCCAGCUGUAUUGCCAUUGUCAACUACAGCGUCUGUCUUGGGUCAGAUCCAAUCCCCUACCCCAACCAUUGUCCAUGCAACAACUUGUAGCUCCAUGUUUCCAGUGUUAAUCCCGGCUUCAAAUGCAUCCCUUGCCACAAUGCCAACUACAUGUUCUGUUUCAACCCUGGACCAAGAUGCGUUACAAAGCAUGGUGUCCACUGUUUCCACAAGCCCAGUCUCUGCUCCUACAGUGGCCCUGACCCAAACCCAAGCUCCAGUGCAAGUUUCCACCCGUACCCCAGCCGCAGUCCCCAUCUUAAGUUCGGCCCAUGAUGCCUCGCCCAGGUUUCCAGCUCCAGCGUUUGCUCCUUUCCGGGGACUGGGCCCCCAGCUUCCUGCUGCCCUUCAGCCCCUGGCUCCCUUGCCAAGCAGCAGCGGCCAGAGGCCCCCUCCGGUCAUCCCCAGUGUGUGGAGCGUGGUCCACAGUGAUGUCCGACAGCCCACCCAAGCCGUCCAGAUGCCAAUCUCUACGGUGUGGGGGCCACAGCACACCAUACGGGCUGUCAGCGAAACGGUCAACUGAGGCAGAUUGACUACUAUUGUCUACUGGCUAAACCUUGUGCCUACGUUCGGAAUUCUGGCAAACGGUUCCUACAUCAACAACUCCUGUAUAAAACUGUUUUUUUUUUUUUGGAGGACUGGCUUUUUGGCCAUAUUUUAUCAGGACUUUUCCAAGGAGGCUACUCCUGGGUAGAACAUUAAAACAUGAUUUAUCAAGUAGCGUUCCAGGAUGUACGACACAUGGUAUAUACAACAUGUCUUUUGAUGGUUUUUAAAUUCCACUUUUCAAACACUUUCUUAUGUACAGUUGGUCUGUCUAGAAGCCACCACCAGCAGAGGAAGCGUCUUCAGUAGCAGGAUUAGACUUUGUUAAAUAGAGUGGGGACAAUUUACAAGACUGUCAACCAUUUCCUUCAAGGCUAUAAAGGUGGCCUGCAGCAACUUGUGAAAAUUUUUUAUUUGACACUCCAGCGCCAUGCUCCUGUACAGUUGUGCACUUUAGAUUUUCUUUUUUCGUUGGCCUGGCUUUAAAUUGCAAACAUUCCACAGCCACUCUUUUCCCCACACCAUCUUCACAUUGUGUGGCAGAGGCGUGCGUAAGGGAAAUUGGCUGUACUGUAGUAAGCCUCACUGCACAGGUAAACUCCGGUGUCUGUGAUCUCUCUCCAUUUUUAUGACUUUCCUCUGUUUGCCUUAAAGCUACUCUGAUUCAGGAGCCUGCAUGGACUCAGAAUUUGAUGGAUUCAGAUAAAUACCACUUGUAUAUUUGACAACAAUCUACCUUGGUGGUUUUGUUAUCCAUUCCCAUUUCCAAAACAGUUUAUUAGCAGGUAAGCAGUAUUCUCUAUGUAUAUAUGAAAAUGGAAUGUUUUAUAUGUUACUCUGUGCUGUCUUAAUGCAUUGUGUAUGAUUUUCCAGGGUGUAUUUAAUGUGGAUGUUAAAUGUGGACUCUGUAUUUGUGAGUGAGUGAGUGUGUGUGUGUGAUAAAGUAAGAGGUCACGUUGGUGCUGUUGCAGAAGUCAGUUCAGUGGCAACGGGGGGGGAAAACACUUGGCUACGAUCUGGGUAUUUGCUGUGAAGUGACCACAGUGUCAUUUCCUCUACGGAUGCAACCCAAUUACUAACAUUUCAGUCCCCAACUUUCCCCGUUGUUAAAGAUUGGAACCAUAUGAUUUGUUCGUUUUGAUUUAAACCGCAAUGUCUUAACGGAAAUGCCUAUAGGUGUUGUUUUGGAUAUGUCGAGUGUCUUGACAAACUUUGUUCACACAGCCUAUGUAUUGAAGGAAUGGAACCGUGAGAGCCCACUAUAUCUAAAGUAAUUAGACCAUUUCAUUCAGAAUCCCAACCAUCCCUUUUAACAGUGUAUAUAAAAAGUAUAUUCAAGGUUACACACCACAUAGCAUGUCAAUACUUCAGGUGCACACAAGUGGUUACGUUGAUCUUCAGUUGGAGGCCCAGGUAUGACAUGAUCUGUAUACUGUAUUGAUGCUGUGAUUCUUAUGUUGUCGUUAAAGGCCAGUCAAAAUAGCUUUAACUUGCAAUGCUUAUCUCGCCUGUAUUGUUUACCAGUGCCAUGCAUGUUGUUGACAACCAUGGCCCAUUUUUAUUCGUUUUUAUAAUCUAAUGCUUGGUAAAACUAGAGAGAAAGGUGGAAUCCUGUGUAAUGUUUUGUCUAGCUAGACAACGAGCAUCGAGCAUGGAUCACCUUGUCCUCAAUGACUGAAGGCAGAUACUCAUUCAUAUUUGAUUUUCAUGUCUUGAUAUUGAGCAAUCCUUUGUUCAUAAGGAGGAAGCCUGGUCUCACAGGUACUCAGUAUUAGACGUGCUUUAUAUACCUCAAUGUUCACAUGGUUAGGAAAGGACGGUUCAGGCUUGGGUCAUACUGUACACGAAGCAGAGAAUGUUUGUAAAUGUUAGGUAUAUACUGUAUAGAACACAAACAAUCCAAUCAACUGUUUUCAGUACCAUGUACGCCACUGUGACUAGACUGGAAAGGUGAAAUAAUAUUUAGAAAAGGCAGGUUUUUGAAACAUAUUUUAGAUGCAGAAUAAAACUCGGGGGCGUAGCAGGUUUUUGAAACAUAUUUUAGAUGCAGAAUAAAACUCGGGGGCGUAGAUGUCAAUGUGAAAACAUGUAAAUAUCAAGGUCAC